GCAGCAGCCAGCGCCGGCCCGCGGCGGAUUGGGGCGGAGCGGGACGGGUGUCUGGCGCCGCCACCCGGACGGCGGGCCCCCGACACACCCCCGGCGAGUGGCGACCUCAGUCGGUAACGGGUCGCCGUCGGAACGACAGUGCAUCCGUCCGGAGCGACGCGCGACAGCCGACACAGGGCUGGUCACAGGCGGGGACUGAGCGAACUGUGCGUCCUGUCGAGCUGGUGUCGAGUGAAACUCAUCAGUGUCGACUGAGAUCAGUCUACCGCACGUCCUUUUGGCAGCUCAGUGACGCUCAGCGGCCCGUCAGGAUGGUGUCCCCGGCGCCAGCGAUCCUGUUUUCGGUGGAGGUUUACCACUGUAUCGUGCACAUUAUGGUGCUGUUCGCGUGGAGACAGCUGCCUAGGAAAGACCUCGUCCGCGCCAGGAUCUAUUUUCUGAUAGACGCUACAACCGUGGCGCUCAUCAGUUACUGGCUGCUGCCCUGGCUGUGGCCGCUCGGUCUGCUCCAGAACAUCCAGCACCUGGGCUACUUUUUCUGCUGGGAGCAGACGUGGUUCGCCAAACGGGUCGUGUCGUGGAGCAGCCUGGACUGGGACCGCAGCCGGUGGCAGCCCGACCUGAUGCUGGGUACGGUGUUCGACAUCGUGGUGCACGUGGUGAACAUGACGUGCCUGUACCAGCUGCUGACCAGACCGGUGGCCGCCGUCGGAGUCGCAGUGGCCUGUCUGAUGGUCUGUCUGGUGCUCUACAACCCACGACUCGCCUGGACCAGCAAGGGCUCGAUGCCCGCCUGGGUGAAGAAGCGUCUGCAGCCCGUGUCCAGGGAACAGGCCGGAGAGGAUCACCGGCUCGUCACCGCCAUGGGCUGGGCCAAGUAACCUGGGUCAUUGGACCAAGUGGCCUGGGCUGGGACAAGUGACCUGGGUCCCUACCAUGGGAGCUGGGUCACGUGCGAUGGGCUAAGUGACCUGGGCCACUGCCGUGGUGUGGGUGAAGUGACCUGGCUGCUGCAAUGGAUAGGUCGAGGCUUUUCGGAUAAGGUUCAGUGAUCUAAUGACAAACCAAAUUAUUGACACAACGACCCCUUUGAGAAACUUGCUCAAGUGCCAGUUGGCUAGGGUAGCUUUGUAUUCUUUGAAUUUAUUUUAGCCGACUACGGGCGCUUCAGCUCCUUUACAGUGGCGGUCGUAGGGUAACUGAAAAAAAAAUACUUAAAACAGUAAACUCAAUCGCUCCCAAGGGCUGUACCGAGCACGCUCUCUAUUCGACCAUCCAAUGCUCAAACAAGUCUGUACCUAGUGACCUCUCGGAGGCGUGCCACCGUUCCCAGCCGGCGCCGGCUACCUCUGGGAAUGGUGGCGUGCCUCGCCGCCAUCAAAACUAAACCUGUCGGACCCAGGGUCGUUCAGAGUUCAAUCUCAUACAGCAUGACCCCCCUCCUGUAACUACAUUGACCAGACAGGAUGUAAACAGUUGGGGCAAAGGGCGCGACGCAGUAUCAACCGGUGGUAACCGGAGUAGAGUGGUCCCGUGCAAUGGUGUCGCGUCUUAGACACGUGUUGGGGGCGAGUCGCCGGGCAGAGGGUAUCUUGUGGGAGGGGUGUGUGUUGAAAAGGGGGUGUGUCAAGUACACGUGUGGAGAGUCGGGCUAAAUAGCGGUCGGUGAGGGGGGUCUUCUGAGGGGGGGGGGUGAAGUAGGAAAGACCGUGAACUAUCAAUGAGGAUGUUUGAUCCGAGAUGAGAGGUGUUAUUUGAUACCAACGCUCGAGGACAGGUGAGCUCAAGCUAUAUGUAUGAGACGGAAGAGGCACGGUAGAUAAUUAUGAAGUACGCAGUUGAUUUAGGAUGUGUGAUGAGCAAUAGCGUCGCUUAGUCAGCGCAAACAGCAGCGAGCUAGCUGUCUGAUAGUGGCAACGUGUAGGGAUAGACGCUGUAUCUUAUCUGUUGUUGACAUCUUGCCAUGUUUUCACAAUGCAAUGCCCAGGUUUUGGGACUCGAUAGAUGUACUAUUAUCAGUUGAGUGUGAUAGACUAAAGAUUGAGUGUUUGUUCCUUUUUGUUAUUUUGCCCUAGGUCGGACAGUGUUGCGUUCAAGGUCAGAUAAGACUGGUACUAUUGUACUCUUGUACUCUUGAUUGUACUCCUCUGAACGGCUACUUUCAGUUUGCGUGUAUGACUGCACUUUUCUCUGUAACGUCGUCCUGGGCCUCGUUUCAUAAAGCAAGUCCGUAACUUACGCCGGUUUUUGGGCUUGUACUGCAAGCGCAUGUGAAGCGAUAAAUUUGUUUCACCUUCUCCCUUCUGUUCUUGCUUGCAAGAUAAAUAAAUUCAACGAUUCAAACUAUCGUUACUGCUUCACGUGCACUUGCAAUACAAGACCAAAAACCGGCGCAAGUUACGGAUUCGCUUUAUGAAACGAGGCCCUGGUGUAAUUAAGUCGAAUAAUCACGCCGAAUAAACGUGCCAUCAUUCAUGUAGCGAGAAGUCAACUGACAAAGUGCUAAGGGGAUGACUAUCGCUCCUGUAAAUACGUUGACAGAGCCUGUUUUUAAAAUAUACUUUAUUUCACCACAAUACUCAAAGAUUUCAACAAACAUAUACAAAACUGAAUACGUCGCAUCAAAGAAUAUAUGAACCAGAUCCAAUGGCUAGUAACAUAACGCUACAAACGUGAACUAAGGCACUAAACAUAUAAACACCAACCAAGUGACGUAAAAGUACAACAAACCUUAUCACUAUGAAUAUAAUGGGAAUAGCACCUUAACGAUAUUGUAUACUUAGAAUAUCACUAUGAUGUUUCAAGAAAAAAGUGUUAAAUGAGAUACUAUAAAAAUGAUUAAAGCACUCUAGAGAAUAUUCAUGACACUACACAUGAGUUGUAUCCAACUUGCACUGAUUCGCCAAAAUGACAAUUUUCCCGUCUGAUUUGCGAGUGAAUGAUAUGACACCCUACCCUGCAUGAGGCCAUCACUGUAAAAAUAAGGCUCCUCUACUCAACGGCCACAAAUAAGGCAUCGGUUUACACGAGUACAAUGCCAGUGAAAAAAAAAUAUCAGUCGAGUCGAAACAGCAAUCGCCACUGAACACGAUCCUAAUAUCUGAACGAAUCAGCGCCGACAUG